AUGGUUGCCUCGCCUGUGAUCGACCCCGCUACGGAGGUUGCCUUUGCACGCACGGGAGCCGUGUAUGAAGAUGGCGCGAACAUCGCCGUUCGCUACCCCCAGGAGAACGCGACGGAGGGCGCGGUACGCGUGCUCUGGCGCAAGACCGACGACGAGCAGUCCCCUGCCUGGAUCAAGGGUCCCCUCGUGCACGUCACUGCAGAGUCCGACUGGGUAGGCCACGCAAGUAUCUUUGGCUUGCAGGAAUCGACCCAGUAUGAGUACAUCCUGUCGACUCCUGAGACGGAAGUCCUUCCUGUCCCCGAGCGUCCCAUCACCUUCCGCACCUUCCCCAACCCGCGCACUAAGGGCUCCAACUUCCGCUUCAUCUCGACGUCAUGUCAUUUGCCCAACUUCCCCUACGUCCCCGGCGAGAGGAAUACGUUGAGGGGAUGGGACUACCUGGCGGACUACCUUAGUAACCAGGUCAAGGAAGCAGCGACACCUCUUGUGGAGUUUGCACUCUUCCUUGGCGACUUCAUCUACGCAGACGUCCCGCACUACUGGGGUGACGACAAGGAAGCGUACCGCCGCCUGUAUCGCCGCGUCUACAAGAGCAAGAGUUUCCGGAGGGUAUACGAGCAAUUGCCCAUAUUCCACACUUACGACGAUCACGAAAUUAAGAACAACUUUGCUGGCCUCGACGACCCUACGACUGCUCCGUACCCCAAUGCAUCGAGUGCUUUCGACAUUUACAAUGCUCAGGCCAACUACCCUGCGCGAGCCACCGGCCAAUACUACUACACCUUCAACUACGACGAUGCAGCCUUCUUCGUACUCGACACUCGUCGCUACCGUGACGGACUCGACGUGCCUCUCGAGGAGCGUACCAUGCUUGGCGCAAAGCAGCUUGCUGCCCUUAGGUCAUGGAUACAGAGUACCAAAUCCACCGCCACCUUCAAGUUCAUCGUUUCAUCCGUCCCCUUCACCUCCCUCUGGGGCCACGACGCCCAGACAGACUGCUGGCCCGGCUUCCCCACCGAGCGUGCCGCCCUCUUCGAGCUCUUCCACUCCGUCCCCAAUGUCGUCAUCCUCUCCGGCGACCGCCACGAGUUCGCGCACAUCGAGUACACCGGCGGUCAAGGGCAGCAUACCUUCCACGAAGUCUCAGCAAGCCCUAUGAACAUGUUCUACAUUCCGCUGUACCAUACCCUUAAGUCACAGAGCGAGGAGACGGUGGCUGUCUCUGUGGUUCGGGACGGCGUGAAUGGAACGGAUAUCGUUGAUGAGGUGGUGCCGAAGGAGCGGGUGUUGAAGUACAUCCCGGAAGGGAACCAGAAAUGGGCGACGUUCGAGGUUGACACUCGGGACCCACAUUAUCCAACAGUGCAGAUCGAGGCCUUCAUUGGCGGUGUUCCCUCCUACCACUAUCAACUCAAUGGCACCGCCGUCAACCUACGUCGUGGCUUCAGCGCCAUCGGCGAGCAGUUUGACAUCUCCAAGUUCUUCUCGAACCUGUUCAAGGCGCGCUAA